AAGUCUUUAAGAGUAUGUCAAGCAAGUCGCAGGAGAAGCCAGAAGGUGGAGGGCACUCGCAGGAGGCAGAAGAUGGCGGUGGUUUUCUAGUACUGGACAAGGGUACUCUCGACGCACUCGAUUCAGAAGCUGAUCGGGAAGCGAUGUUUCUAGAGUGUGCGAAACUACUCGUCGGAAGAGAUAUCAAUGAGAACGUUUCCUGUACCUCACUGGGUACGGCCGCUACUUCAAGUCCGACAAAAAGCGAAUGCAGUACGCACUUGGCAAGCGAUGGAAGUGGCGGCUCACUGGCGUCAACACCUACAGGCAUUAGAAAUAGCGAUGGACAAGUAGUACAUUUAGAGGAGGUAAAGGCACGAAGUAGUCCAAGUCGGGACCUCUCCAACGGUCUUCGUCCUGACAGGGCGCCGACAGAACAAGCAGACGGAGUAGAGGAGGAAGAAUCGUUCGUCCAUGAAGAUGCUCAUAACGUUGUAAGUGGGCGAGGUCAGAAACUCAAAUUAGAACAACAAGGGUCUAAAAAUAGUGAUAAUAUUGGGGAAACGGAAAGGUGUCACACUCCUGCUCAUGCUCUUUUCGUCUCAGUGAGCUUCGCGGCAGUCGCGCGGUUACGUUUUUUGGAACGCAUGUGCGCAGCGUGUGGUCUUUGGUGUGACGUAUACGUUGUAGGCGAUGGAGACCCAGCGCGAGGCGGUGAGGUGCGCUUUGUCGCCGUAAUGGGCACUGCUGGCAUUGAGGUGAACAAGCAACUACUUCGACAGGAUGGAACAAGUCGAAGUUGUUCUACAACUGGAAGUCGUGACUCAGAUGAUACGAACCUACUUCUAGUUAAAAAAGAGACUUCCGCGUCAAAUAAUUCGAAACUAUACACCCCCGACGACCUUACCCAAACGGUGCUCUCCCGAGCAAGGAAGUGUGGAAGUAUCAUUUUUGAACAAGAUGAAGGUGACGAAAUCAGACAGAAUGAUUGGUCUGAAGAUUUGCUCUAGAAUUUUCAGCCUCUCACCAUUGUUGUAAACAAAACUUCUAGAAGAACCUCCAGG